ACCGCGCCUUCUUACUAACAAGCUCGUGUUUCUCUAUCUAGGACUAACCGCAGGAGAAAGCUCGACAUUGAUGAAUUCGGCCAGAUCUGCGAGAUAAACUCUCUAAGAAUCCCGAUCUAUGAUCCUGUAAUCUGCUAUACCCUAAAGCUAACAUCUUUCUCCAUCCUUGUCAAUGAUAUAGCAUUUUUACUUGAUCAAAGAUAGCAUCUCCUACAGAUCCCAGAGUCUUUUUGUGAUUAUUGGAAAUGUUGACGAAAUUCGAGACAAAGAGCAAUCGAGUUAAGGGACUGAGUUUUCACUGCAAGAGACCAUGGAUCCUCGCAAGUCUUCACAGUGGUGUCAUUCAGCUAUGGGAUUAUCGUAUGGGGACUUUAAUUGACAGAUUCGAUGAGCAUGAAGGCCCUGUUCGUGGUGUUCACUUUCACAAGUCUCAGCCACUUUUUGUAUCUGGAGGAGAUGAUUACAAGAUUAAGGUUUGGAACUACAAGCUUCAUAGAUGUCUUUUUACCCUUCUUGGCCAUCUAGAUUACAUCAGAACUGUGCAGUUUCAUCACGAAUAUCCUUGGAUUGUAAGUGCUAGUGACGAUCAGACUAUCAGGAUAUGGAAUUGGCAGUCGAGGACGUGUAUCUCUGUGCUGACUGGACACAAUCACUAUGUAAUGUGUGCCACUUUUCAUCCAAAAGAAGACCUUGUAGUGUCCGCUUCCCUGGAUCAAACUGUACGUGUUUGGGAUAUUGCUGCCCUGAGGAAAAAGACAGUCUCCCCUGCAGAUGAUAUUCUGCGGCUGAGUCAGAUGAACACAGAUCUUUUUGGUGGGGUUGAUGCCGUUGUUAAAUAUGUAUUGGAAGGUCAUGAUCGCGGUGUCAAUUGGGCAUCCUUCCAUCCAUCUCUACCUUUAAUUGUUUCAGGAGCAGAUGAUCGACAAGUGAAGCUAUGGCGUAUGAAUGAAACCAAGGCUUGGGAAGUGGACACAUUGAGGGGGCACAUGAACAAUGUGUCAUGCGUCAUGUUUCUUGCCAAACAAGAUAUAAUAAUUUCAAACUCAGAGGACAAGAGUAUUCGUGUUUGGGAUUCAACAAAACGAACAGGAUUGCAGACCUUUCGGCGUGAACAUGAUCGCUUUUGGAUUCUUGCAGCUCACCCUGAAAUGAAUCUUCUUGCUGCUGGUCAUGAUAGUGGUAUAGUUGUGUUUAAGUUGGAAAGGGAGAGGCCUGCAUUCUCUGUAAGUGGUGAUACUAUGUUCUAUACCAAAGACCGAUUUUUAAGGCUCUAUGAAUUCUCAACUCAAAAGGACACCCAAGUUAUUCCUAUUAGACGUCCAGGAACUACAAGCCUAAACCAGGGUCCACGAACUCUUUCAUAUAGUCCUACAGAAAAUGCAGUUUUGAUCUGUUCUGAUACAGAUGGUGGCUCUUAUGAGCUGUAUGUUGUGCCAAAAGACAAUAUAAGCAGAGGUGAUACAGUGCCAGAAGCUAAAAGAGGUCUGGGAGGAUCAGCUAUUUUUGUCGCACGAAAUAGGUUUGCAGUACUUGACAAAAGCAACAAUCAAGUAUUAGUGAAGAAUCUCAAAAAUGAGAUUGUUAAGAAAAGUAGUCUCCCUAUUGCUACUGACACCAUCUUUUAUGCUGGAACUGGGAACCUUCUGUGUAGGGCAGAUGAUAAAGUUGUAAUUUUUGACCUACAGCAGAGGCUUAUCCUUGGUGAUCUUCAGGCUUCUUUUGUCAAGUACAUUGCUUGGUCCAAUGAUAUGGAAACAGUGGCUCUACUCAGCAAACAUGCUAUAAUUAUUGCCAACAAAAAACUUGUGCACCAGUGCACCCUCCAUGAGACUAUACGUGUUAAAAGUGGAGCCUGGGAUGAUAAUGGAAUUUUCAUUUAUACUACCUUGAAUCAUAUCAAGUAUUGCCUUCCUAAUGGAGAUAGUGGAAUAAUUAAAACACUCGAUGUACCAAUAUACAUCUCCAAAGUUUCAGGAAAUAACAUCUUUUGUUUGGACAGGGAUGGAAAGAAUCGAGUUUUAACUAUUGAUGCAACAGAGUAUCUAUUUAAGCUCUCUUUGUUGAGGAAGAGGUAUGAUCAUGUUAUGAGCAUGAUAAAGAACUCUCAGCUCUGUGGGCAAGCAAUGAUUUCUUAUUUGCAGCAGAAAGGAUUCCCUGAAGUUGCUCUUCAUUUCGUUAAAGAUGAGAGAACUCGUUUUAAUUUGGCUCUAGCUAGUGGUAACAUAGAAAUUGCUGUUGCUUCAGCUAAGGAAAUUGAUGAAAAGGAUUAUUGGUAUAAACUGGGUGUAGAGGCUCUACGUCAAGGUAACACAGGGAUCGUGGAGUAUGCCUACCAAAGGACAAAAAAUUUUGAAAGGCUAUCUUUCCUGUAUCUCGUUACUGGGAAUACGGAGAAGUUAAACAAGAUGCUAAAAAUUGCUGAAGUGAAGAAUGAUGUUAUGGGCCAAUUUCAUAAUGCUCUGUAUCUUGGUGAUGUCCGAGAACGUGUUAAAGUCUUGGAGAAUGCCGGUCAUUUUCCUCUUGCUUAUAUUACUGCAUCUCUUCAUGGCCUACAGGAUGUAGCUGAACGCUUAGCUGCUGAGUUAGGUGAUAAUGUUCCUGUUCUUCCAGAAGGUAAAGUGCCCUCCCUUUUGAUGCCUCCUGCCCCAAUUCUUUCUGGUGCUGAUUGGCCACUCUUGAGGGUCAUGCGAGGCAUAUUCGAGGGUGGAUUAGAUACUAUUGGAAGGGGGGGUGCGGCAGAUGAAGAAGAGGAAGAUGCAGAUGCUGAUUGGGGUGAAGAACUGGAGAUUGCUGAUGUAGAUGGUUUGCCAAUUGGCACUGCUCAGGCAAUUUUGGAGGAUGGAGAAGUUGGUGGAGAUGUUGAAGAAGAUGGAGGAUGGGACCUUGAAGAUUUGGGACUUCCCGAGAGUGAUACUCCAAAGGCUUCGGCUUCAAUUAAUAGUAGCACAGUUUUUGUUGCCCCCUCUUCUGGAAUGCCUGUGAGCCAAAUCUGGACACAAAAAUCAUCCCUUGCUGCUGAACAUGCAGCAGCUGGACACUUUGAUACUGCAAUGAGGUUGCUUAGCCGGCAAUUGGGAAUAAGGAAUUUUGGUCCGAUGAAACCCAUGUUUCUUGAUCUUCAUUUUGGUAGCCAUUCACAUUUACGUGCAUUUUCGUCUGCGCCAAUCAUCUCGCUGGCUAUUGAGCGUGGAUGGAGUGAAAAUGCUAGUCCUAAUGUAAGGGGGCCACCCUCACUUAUCUUCAAUUUCUCUCAGUUGGAAGAAAAGUUAAAGGCUGGAUACACUGCUACAACAGGUGGAAAGUUCAGCGAGGCUCUUCGAAUUUUCCUCAAUAUAUUCCACACAAUUCCGUUAAUCGUAGUUGAGUCAAGGAGAGAAGUUGAUGAAGUGAAGGAAUUGAUUAACAUAGUGAAAGAAUAUGUAUUGGGCUUAAAAAUGGAGGUGAAAAGGAAGGAAAUCAAAGAUGACCUUGUGCGGCAACAGGAGCUUGCCGCCUAUUUCACCCAUUGCAAGCUCCAAAUGCCUCACUUGAGGCUUGCUUUGCAGAAUGCCAUGACUGUCUGCUUCAAGGCUAAGAAUUUCGCAACAGCAUUUAAUUUUUCCAGGAGGCUUCUAGAAACAAAUCCAACUAAUGAUAAACAGGUGAAAAUGGCGAGGCAAGUGCUGCAGGCUUCUGAGAAGAGCAUGAAUGAUGCGUGUCGGCUGAACUAUGAUUUCAGAAACCCGUUUGUCAUUUGUGGGGCUACUUAUGUGCCUAUUUACAGAGGACAAAAAGAUGUUUCCUGCCCAUAUUGCAGUUCUAAGUUUGUACCAAAUUGUGAAGGGCAGCUGUGUGCUGUUUGUGAACUUGCAGUUAUUGGAGCAGACGCAUCAGGCUUGCUGUGUUCACCUGCCCAGGUAAGAUAAACCAGUAGCUGAGCAUAGAUAUUUUAAAUACCAUUAUAUUGUUGUAGUGGACCUUCUAAAGCAUAUAUGAUUGGAUUGACUGUAAGCGAAGAAGAAACUUGAAGUUUAAAGGUACCCAUCAUCAAACCAGCUCCACAUUUCUAUUUCUCAUUUCCUGCUUGAUUAUAUGUUCUUCCAAUGUUAUAAUGAACAACCGCCCAAGAGAUUUUGACUGGAUAUAUAUUUUUAAUGUUGGUUUGUUGUUUAAAGACAAGAAUGGUCAGAGGUCCUUUUUUUUUUCUUUGUUUUAGUAGAUGGUUGGUUGGUAUAAUAUGUCUGGAGAUGGUUGACAUGUUUCAUUAUGUAGAGUCAUUUGGUAUCUUUGAGUUUUCUUUUUUUACUGAGUUAAAGGACGGAUUGUUGUUGUCACUAUUAUACUGUUGCAUUUUCUUUGGUCUAUCAAAUAUUUGUUUCAAAGCACCCAAAUUCUUGUAGUACAACAACAUUUUGUAUUAUUCAAUGGGUUCUUGUUGUGGUGGAAUUGAUUUCUA